CGCAAGUCCGUCGCCUCUCACAGCUCCACCAACCCUCUUUUGGGAGAACGCAAUCAAAUCUCCUUUUGUUUCCGUGUCGGAACCAAAACAUUGGAUCUGAUCCCUAUAUCAAGAGGAGAAUGAGCGAUGAAGAAUUGCGAGGUAGUACUGAUCCAGUGGACCUUACCAAUCAUCCUUCAGGGAUAGUUCCCACUCUUCAAAACAUCGUCUCGACGGUUAACUUGGACUGCAAGCUAGACCUAAAAGAGAUAGCUUUAAAAGCACGGAACGCUGAAUACAACCCUAAACGUUUCGCGGCGGUGAUCAUGAGGAUAAGAGAACCAAAAACAACAGCGUUAAUCUUCGCCUCGGGGAGAAUGGUGUGCACCGGAGCCAAAACCGAGUGCUUCUCCAAGUUGGCUGCGAGGAAGUACGCUCGUAUAGUUCAGAAACUUGGAUUCGACGCAAGGUUCAAAGACUUCAAGAUCCAGAACAUUGUAGCCUCUUGUGACUUGAAGUUCCCUAUAAGGCUUGAGCUUCUCGCCGCCUCUAAUCACUCAGAUUUCUUGAGCUACGAGCCGGAGAUGUUUCCGGGACUCAUAUACAGGAUGAGGGAACCAAAGAUUGUGCUACUGAUCUUUGUGUCUGGGAAGAUUGUUAUCACUGGUGCCAAGAAGAGAGAGGAUACCUACAAAGCCUUUGAGAAUAUAUACCCUGUCCUCACACAGUUCAAGAAGAUAUGCAUCAAUAGCCGAGUAUAUAACCAAGUAUGAGAAACCUCAUAUGGUGUAGGAGUAUGUUUUUGGGGGUACCUAUGUGUUUUGGAUUAAACAAGAUUAUUUUUAUCGAUUUUGCAAGAAAAGAGAUGAUUUCAGUCUCUUGUACUAUCAAACCCCAUAUAAACGGUAACACUUAAUUAGUAGGCAUA